UUCACAACACUAACUUCAUAUAACUCACCUCGACCUAACUGGCUCCAACGUAAUCGUCUACAAAAUAAGAUAAAUGGCACUGUUCCGCAUUUGGAGGGAUGCAAUUCCGUUGACAAACGUGGAGAUGUUCAACCAAUGGACAGAGGAGCUUGCUGGAAUCCUAUCCAAAUGGCAAAAAACUGAACCCGAGGAACGCGAACUUGGAGCAGGAAAGCUGGAGACUACAACGAGAUUCUUUUGUAAACAGCCCUUGUGUAGGGCGAAGGCCAAAAUGGUUGUUGUAUUUUGUGGCAAGAAGUUUGUCUGUGGAAAAGUUUAUCUCAGCACAGAAGAUCAUUCGCUUCACAACAUGCGUAACGGAGCUGAGAUCGUUGCAUUCCUGAAAGGGAUUGAAUAUACUGGCGCUCAUGAUCCCGUUUUCGAUGUAGAUGAUCCUCGACGAUAUCGUGACAUCUUGUACAUUGACUCAACUGACGGCUUGGAAGAGCGUAAACAACAGCUACAAGAGCCCUUUUGUUGUUGGAUUGCUGAGGAUGAAAAGGAAGAAGUUGUUGGACACAAGCACGGUGUGCCGAUCAAAGAAGUCAAAACCCUCCACAAAUGUAGAAACGCUUCUUGCCGGGCUCAAGCGCUCCUCAUUGAAUGGCGUAUUGAUGGUGUCUUCAAUAAGGGAUGGUUGAAGCUGUCUACAGCCAACCAUCGGCUCCAUGAUUGUAGAACCAACUCGGAAGUGAUGAGAUUCACGCGACCAUAG